CCUUGCUGGCAGGUUGCCUGUAUCUCCGUCGAAUAGCGAGAUAAGCGCACUCUCGAUUUUUUCGUCGAUCGAGUUUUUUCGAAGUUAUGUGAAUUUUCUGCCGAAAUUCACUUUAGAGGUGUGGACAAACUGUAAGAGUGCACCAUGAAGUGGAUUUUCUGGAUCUUGCUGAUGACUUUCCUUGACACGUUAGUGCAAGGUAGAAGCAACUUCAGAUGGAAAAGAUCUACAGGAACAAGUACAACGACUCCAACCCCAGAUGAAGAUGACGAUGACUGGGAAGAAGAAGAAUCCAGCGAAAUUGAUGACGAUGGAAAGAUUUAUAAGAACCCUAGAAAUUCGCCUUCCACCCUUUGUCCCAGAGACGAAGAACAGGCAACUCUUUUGGGACAAAAAUGUUUGAGAAAAUGUUCCUCUGAUGAAGACUGCAAAAGUAAGAAAAAAAAGUGCCUUUGUGAUGGAGCUUGUGGAAUGUCUUGUAUUAAACCAGAUAGAGAAUGUCCUGAGCCAGAUGGAAUUCAAUUCGGCAGUGUACAAGCCGGAGGAAAACUCUUCGGUUCCAGGGCAACAUAUACUUGUCAACACGGAUAUCACGUUGUAGGCUUGCAGAGUCGCACUUGCCAGGGUGAUGGACAAUGGGCUGGCUCCGCACCUGCUUGCAAGCAGAAUAUUUAUUGUCUCGCACCGCCAAAUAUUGAUCAUGCGAGACACAACGCUCUUCCAGAGCAAACAACAUUUGACUUGGAUUCUACACUGCAAUAUUACUGCCACACUGGCUAUGUCACUAAUGGUUUUCCAAGAGCCAAGUGUCUGGCGAUCGACGGUCAGGCAUCUUGGUACGGACCAGACAUAUCUUGUGAACCGAGGUCAUGCGGUGCUCCUACUGAAAUAAGUCAUAGCUGGCAUGCUGGAGAAUGCUACACUUAUGGGUGUAGGAUAACAUAUCACUGUUCUGAAAAUUAUGAAUUGGUUGGAAAGACGGAACGAUUCUGUCAAGCUGAUGGAACGUGGACACCCAAAGAGCUUCCCACAUGUGUUUUGGUGACGGCCGUGCAGUGCCCUCCACCGGAGUCACCCCGACACGGCAAGGCUAUUUAUACGUCUUGCAGCUACAACUCGGUGGUGAGCUACGAGUGCAAAUAUGGAUACACCCUCGUGGGUGAGAGCACAAGGAAAUGCGGAGCGGACAGAAAAUGGUCCGGAUCUCAACCUCAGUGUAAAGAGAUCAACUGUGGUCAUCCUGGCAGGUUGUGGAAUGGAUGGUUGGAAAAUAUCGAAGGUGGAACUGGGUUAGGUGCCUCAAUUAUCUUCAGAUGCCACGAAGGAAUGCUGCUGGAGGGCAAUUCGUCUACGGUAUGUCAGAUCGAUGGAAAGUGGCGGUAUCCUUUACCGAGAUGCUUGGCUCCAUGCGUUGUACCUCAUGUAACUCAAGGAAGAGUGAUUCUGGUAUCCAAAAAUGACACUGCACCCUCUUCGACAGUAGUAAUACAUGGUGAGGAGUUAGUAGUGGAAUGUGAUCAGCAAUAUGAAUUUUUAGGCAGCUUAUCGCCAGUUACUUGUAAUAAUGGUACUUGGACGCAAAUACCAAAGUGCGAGCCUGCUAGAUGUAAACACCUUCCGAAACCACCUAAAAACGGUAUGGUCAUUGCACCAAAAAUGGAACACAGUAUGAAGGCAAGAUUUAAAUGCAAAGAUGGAUAUGAGCUCAAAGGUGAUCCGCUCAUUAGUUGUUCAUUCGGAAAUUGGACAGGAGACCCUCCAAAAUGUGACGAAGUAUUUUGUCCAUAUCCUGGCGAAGUGAUAAAUGGAAAGAUCCUUCUUGUCGGGAAUAUGGGGCUUUAUGACUAUCGACCGUAUGUGAAGAAAGUAGUAAAUAACAAACAGAUAAUGUACGAUUGUGAUAAGGGCUAUGUGUUAGCGGAGGGACCACCUGGAGCAACAUGCAUCGGAGGUCGUUGGAGUCCUAAACAAUUACCCAUAUGUUCUCUUGGUCAACACCCACGACUACGCUGGAACAGACGUAGACGAUCUAUCAUAAUGGAUAUGUACAAAAGGGCCUUCGACCGUCAUUUCCAACACGUAGACAAUGAAAACGAGGAAAGUUAUCAACACAACUUUCUACAGAAGGACCUCAGUGAUCUCUUCGAGUCUGAAGUUCCCCUUCUCACCGAGGGUGGCUGGUCCGACCAGUUAAGGGUGGAUUCGGACAGCCAGGAUCCCAUAAAAGUUCCGGAAAAUCCUUAUGUUCUUUCAAACAGGAUUCGCAGGGCUUUACGAGUGCACCAAGUCGGAAGGCGAAUUAAAAGAGAAUUGGAUUCGGGCUACGCGAGCUCUUACACAACAAUAAAACCGAGGAAUACAAUGAGCCUGUCGGAAAGGAUCCAGACAGCUCUGCAUUUGCAUCACACGCGGACCAGAAAGAGACGAGGGUUGAAAGGGGGAGGCGGCAGUAGAGCUUUAGGUGCUGGCCAUAGAGGAUCCAGCUCAAGUUUGAACCUCAGACGACGUGGCAAAAAUAAUCUACCCGAUUUUUUCGAGGAGGAAGAAGAAUCGCCAAUGGUCGUAAAGAAACCGACUAAGCCGAAAACGAAAGGGCCGUGCAGUCCAUUAUCAGUAGAGCCAUACGUCAACGUUGAGAUUGUGAAGCAAGGAAGAGAACCAAACGUCACAUUCAGUCCCGGUACGGUAGUCAGGAUGGCUUGCGGCAAAGGAUAUAAAUUGAAUUUGCCCCUGAACAGAACCGCCAAAUGUUUUAAGGGCAAAUGGAAGCCAAUGAAACCUGAAUGUUCGAUACUACCUUGCACAGUACCAGAAAUACCUCAUGGCGAAUUCACAUUGCCCAAAACUGAACAAAAUAUCAACCUAACACUAUCAUUCGAUAGUCCCUUAAAUGAGAGCGUCGAAAUACCCAAUGGAAUUGUUGUGGAGUUCGGUUGUGAGGAUGGAUAUAGUGUCCAAGGCUCAGUACAUUUGAAAUGUUGGUACGGUGAUUGGACAGUUACAACAUUUCCUGAAUGCAAUCCAGAUUCUGUUACAGUACCUUGUCAGCUCCCCCCGAUUGCAAAUGGUCAAUAUCUUUCUGGAUAUAGAGCUGGGCUCACCAUAGCAAAUGGAUCAAAUGUUCAGUUCCAAUGUGAUACAAAUUUUAUGAAAUCUACCAAACAGCCUAUCGAAUGUAUACUCGGAAAGCUAUAUCCCAAAGUUCCUGCUUGUUACUCUCCUUCAGCUCUAGCAAUGGGUAAAAGUGAUUCACCUCAUUAUAUGGGAGGAUCCGACAUAAUCAAAGGUGGAGAUAUCACUGUUAUUGGAUCAAGUAACGCCAAAUCCUGUGGACCCCCUGCUAAGGUCAGAGGCUCGUUGAUCUACAGAAAUGGUGAGCCUAUCGUUGACGAUGAGAAUAACUUUCAAGAUGGCACUGAGGUAACUUUCGAUUGCAUAGAGAGUAUCAUGGGCGAAAAAACCACCUGGAAAAUUGUUUGCGAAGAUGGAAGUUGGAUAGGUCGAUCUCUCAGUUGUGAGAGUGAAGAUCUAGCAGCUCAUCAAACAUCGCCUAUGAAUAAUGACACUUGUAGAUUCAAGAAAGAGGAAGACAAUGUCAUCUCAUUCUACAACGAUCAAGAAAUAAGAGAGGAUGUCGUUGAGUUUCCUGCAGGCGCAGUGCUUAUCAAUAGGUGUGCGGAUAUUGGCAAAUAUGCAAUGAUUGGAUCGAAUAAACGAACUUGUAUGGGAGGCGAUUGGGAUGGUGUGAAACCAACUUGUUAUGGAUUAAAUCAAGAAAAUGACUAUUCAAUGGAAAAACCUCCAACGAUACUUUUCAGGCAUCAACUUGGACCUAUAGCUCAAUCGAACGAAGGAAAGCUGAUAGUCUAUCCUGGCACAGUUCUUCACAUGGAAUGCUUGUGGAUACGACGAUUUGGUAUUCCAAAAUGGACGAUUAGCCAUGAACAUAGGAAAUAUCCUGAAGGAUGGACCACUGAUCCUGGUAGAGAUUCAUCAUUAGAGUACAGACUAUCAAUAAUCCAUGCUACAAAAGAUGAUUCAGGGACGUAUACUUGUGUCACACCCGCAAGAUAUUCUCAUUCUAUAGAGGUUGAUGUCAGAGCUGUCCACUGCCCCGUUGUUCCCCAAAGAAGAGGUCUGGCGGUCAAUAAUCAAAGCACCAAAAUGAACACCCAUCUGAAGUUUUCUUGCUCCAACGGAAACUCCCUCAUAGGAGCGCCGGAAGUUAUAUGUCUUCCUUCCGGCAACUGGAGUGCUCCGUUUCCUGUCUGCGAGAGUAUUGAGUGUGGAGAAGUUGGAGGUGUGCUUGCUCCACACUUGAAGGUCUUAGUAAUCUCCAGAGAGGUUGGAGGUCGCGCAGUUUUUUCCUGUGAUGGAGGUUUCUCCAUCAAAGGUCCCUUAGAAACUGUAUGUCAAGCUUCUGGAGACUGGGCAUCCCCAUUUCCUACAUGUGAAGAAGUUCAAUGUGACCCACCUAGACCACCAGAAAAUGGAUAUAUUCAAGGAACUGGCCCUUACAAGGCUGGCGAUGUGGUACAAGUUAACUGCAAUACUGAUUUCAUGAUGGAAGGACAGCCAAUUAUUGCUUGCCAGGACAACUCGAGAUGGUCCAAGAAAAUGCCAAAAUGUGUGCAGGCUUGUUCUUAUCCUGGUACAACAAUCAGUGGAAGAAUGUCGUCAGUAAAGUUCUUCUACAAAAUUGGCGAAAACAUCACCUUCACCUGCGAAGAUGACUUGCUCCUCAAGGGAGCAUCCAUGUUGAAGUGCUUGAAGAAUGGAAAAUGGUCCAAUACUAUACCAACAUGCGUGCAAGCCGAAAUAGAGAAAAAGAGAUAAUUUCUGAAAUGAAACAAUAGUGAAUAAUCUGUGAAAAAUGUUUUAGUUGAAUAGCAAGUUAUCUUUCAACUAAUGUUGACAAUUUCGUCAAUCCGUUUGGCGAUACUGUUCCUUUUCAAUGAUAUAUUACUUUUUACGAUUUUUAACCAUUUCAUUUAUUCUUAAAUCUAGAAAAACUACGUUUUCAAUUGUGUUCAAAUCUUUUUCACCUAGUCCGGGCAUCGGACUGUAGCAAUAACUUACGAAAUAGUAAAUAAUAUGGAACGAUUUUAGGUGUGUUUGUGAUUAGUGUAGAAAAUAGAGAAUAAACUAUAUCACUGUAGCCGUCCCAACAUCAGCUCUUGUCUGAUCUCGAACUAAUUCGUCCAGGGAAAAAUAUAUACUCGGGAAAAGUGCAUCUAGUAGCAUCAGAGAUUACGGUAUCAUAUUAUAAUCAAAUUUUCACAACUGAAGUGAAUGUGCCAAAUUGAUACAUAUCUAAUGAAUAAAUUAAGUUUCGAUUUAUGUUAUAUAUUUUUAGUGUUUCACUUUCGAAUCUGAAGAUCUAACUUUGAUAAAUUGGUCCCUUGAUUGUAGGUUUUCUUUCCGCAAUGCUGUUAGUUUACUAUAUUCGAAAGAGGCUUACCUGCCUUAUACUUGAAUAUUGUAUGUAUAUGGAGAUUUUAUAGCAAGGUCAUCGAGGUUUUCGUAUAAUUCGAUGCAAAUUUGGGAAGUAACUAAUUGAUGUUGCUGUUCGUAGUGUAUUUUGAAGUAUUUAGGUACUUGCAUGUACAAAUUUUUAUUUUCAAUUUAAUAAAUACCUUAUUGAAUCUUGAA